UCCCCCUUCAAGUUACCUCCCACCCAUUUUACGUUUUUUGCUGCUGGCUACCAAUAAGAACAUCUGAGGGAGUAAGUUUAGUUUCAUCUUUGCCAGAGCCUCUUUGUGCAGGAUCCCGGCUGGAGAGGAAGCCUCCACUGACCAAGUCUGCUCACCAGAAGAGGACCUUGGAAUGGCUGUCCCAACCGUUGUGACGAUCCAGCCGCAGUAUGGCGGGGCCAUGUCCGCUGCCUCGAGAUGCACAUGGCAGACAGGCCUGACGGACUGCUGCUCCGACUGUGGCGUCUGCUGCUGCGGGAUGUUCUGCUUCCCCUGCCUGGCAUGCCAAGUGGCCGGGGACAUGAAUGAGUGCUGCCUGUGUGGGACCAGCGUGGCCAUGAGGACCCUGUACCGCACCAAAUACAACAUCCCGGGGUCCAUUUGCUCUGACUUCUGUGUCACCCUGUGUUGCCCCGUGUGCUCUGUUUGUCAAAUGAAGAGAGACAUCAAACGCAGGAGGGAGCUUGGCAUAUUCUGAUGCUGCCACCCUUGCUGCGUCCUUGGAGAUGCUGCAGGCAGGAGUCACUGCUGCCUUGACUUUUGGGAAAUGCACCAUGUGGGGCUUGCCUUGAUUGCAUUUGAUUUUCCAUAAUUAACUGCAUAAAUAAAGUUUUGAGUUUAUCUUCCUA